AUGAAUCGAAUCACUUUGAGGGCUCAGAGGGCCUCCAGGCCUCAAGGAGUGAUCUGUCAAUUUUGCCAAUUCUCUACCUCCGCGCCGCGACGUGCGCUUCCCUUCGCUCGAGUGUCUACCUCUUCCGAAAAUCGAACCCCUACCAGCAGCCUUACCUUACAUUCGUCCAGACGGGCAGCGCAGAACCCUCCGAAAGUUCCACUGAUUUCCCUACGCCACGACUCUACACGGACAUCUCGCGCCUCAGAGGAGCCCCUGGAGGCUUUGAACGGAGAGAAUGCGAUGCCCGAACCCUCCGCGAUUGUCGAAGAGAGUCCCGAGAUAGCAGUUCAUUAUCUCACGGAAAUUGCAUCGCGCCAGAUUCUCGGUGUGGAUCGAGUGCCUCAAAACGAUGUAGUUCAGCAUUUCUUCAGCGAAUGCGAGGCAGUCACCAACUAUCUUGUUUCCCUAGAACGGGAUCAGGCGGAGAAUCCAUCCACAACUGACGAGGGCAAUGCGAUCUCCUCGCUACUCGAAAUGGAAGAGAAAUUGGGUCAUAAAAGAACAGCCAAAGAAGAUAACCAUCAAGGGGGGAAUUCGCAGGUUAUAGACCCUCGACUAGCAAACACCGUCGCAAGCAUCUCGACCAAGGUUAUCAAGGACGAAAAGGUCUUCAUCUCCCCUGAGAUCCUGGAGAAAUACGUGACAAUCCAAUCUCGCUUGGGCCAAUCUGAGCAUCUGCCAGAGAUUUUCCACCUCUAUGCCAACAAGCCUAUUCCCGAGGAGAAGAGCAGCCCGCCCAGGUUUCUCAAGCCGAACCCGAAGGAUGUUAACAGCGCUGUGCCUGCUGAAUUAGCGAACAUGGCCUUGAACGUCGCCAUUCAACAAAAGAAUCUUCCUCUUGUGCUUGCUAUCAUUGACAAGACCUUUUGUGCGCCUGCUUUCCACCGCGCGAAGAUCUUUAGAAAGGCUGGUAUCCCUCUGGCGGGUCUAGCGGGAGCUCCAGCUGCCUGUUAUGCCCUUGCUUCUUGGGCCGCGACAUUCCAGCAUACAAUGGACCCCAGCACAGCAACUGGCAUUGCGUUUGCCGCGUCGUUGGCUUAUGUCGGUGGCACUUCAUCUAUUGGUAUUUUGGCUAUCACGACCGCCAAUGAUCAAAUGGAGCGGGUGACAUGGCUGCCUGGUGUUCCUUUGCGACACCGAUGGCUCCGAGAAGAGGAACGCGCGGCCAUGGACAAAGUUGCUGUUGCCUGGGGGUUCAAGGAUCCCUAUAUGCGCGGCGAGGAGGUAGGUGAAGAGUGGGAGAGCUUACGAGAGUUUAUUGGCAUGCGCGGCAUGAUUCUGGAUAAAACAGAAUUGAUGGAGGGCAUGCAGUAA